CUUCCGGUUCAAAUUACAAAUGGAACCCGGCUACUGUGACAAUAAUGCAAGGGGAUACGGUCGAAUGGCAAUGGACAUCUCCGUUAGCUGACAAACUGUUUUCAAUUUAUGAAGUUGAAAGUGUGCAAAGACCUUUGGCUGUGCCAUCCGGAUUCAGCGCACCCGCUUCAAGUCAGGGUCGUUUCUCAAAACAAUUUCCCGAGCCGGGUAACUACUUUUAUGCAUCCGCGACUGACUACGUGAUGAUCGGUUCAGUACGUGUUCUACCUUUUGGUGACUGUCUGACUGAUGUGGUUGUACGUGAAGAUUCCCCAAUCACUACCACAAGCGUCAGUUGUCCCGCGUUCCAGACCUGCUCUGAAUGGACCAAUGUGCCCGCCUUAAACGAUCACCACAUGUUCGCACUUCGGGCUUGUCUCACACCGGUCGUCAACACUUUCAGUCCCCGAAAUGGUUCGGCGGAUACAAUCAUUAACAUUGAUGCGAAAGAUCUGUCCACCUGUGUCGAACUGAUCGAAAUUCGUGUGGGUGGGGCAUUGUGUGAGUUACUUACCGAUGAAAAUAGCCCCAGCAGCUCACCACUGAACUGUCGGAUUGGGGAUUCGAAUGCUGUUGAGGCAAACCUACUAGCCGGUUCACCACUUUGGUUAGAUGCAGUUUACAAGGAGGCCGGAUCAGCUAUCGUGUUGGGCGGAUCGGAUCCGUUAGAUCGAAUAUUUUUCUUCCUGCCGCAGAUUAGUUCACAAAAUGAAGUUCAAGCAGGAAGUGUUCGCGGUGGAGGCACCCUGAUCAUUGUGGGUUCGGGUUUUGCGACGGACCAACUGGGACACGUAAGGGUUACUCUGGGACCAAAUCGAUUUCCCUGUGUCCCGCUGGUAUUGACAUCUGGGCAGAUCACCUGUAACAUACUUCCAAUUGAUCCGAAUGUUCUUUCACGUACCGUUACGACAGAAGCUGCCAUAAACAUCGACAUAUUCAACCCGGUGACUCGUGAGUGGAUUCCGGUUACCUGCUCUACACCAACGCGGUGCGUGUACAUUUUUUCCACUGCAAUGACUCCGAAAGUAAAUCUGGUCGAGCCGCUCACUGUCACCACAUCCACUGUCACUUUAACACUGAGUGGGGACAAUUUGCUCCUGGACAGUGAAACCACAGAUGUUCUAUCCAUCCUAGUCGGUGAAAUUCCUUGCACUCAAGUGAGCAUUAAUGCAGACGGACAAAGUAUAACCUGUGUUCCCACCAUGCCCUUACCAUAUGGGUAUCAUUCUUUGAAAGUAAUCAAUCACGUACGAGGAGGAGCAAUCAUUGCCGAGAAUCUAAUUGUGACCAGCAAACUAAAUGUCGAAGCUGUCACUCCGUCAUUGGGUAGUUUUGCCGGUGGAACUUUGAUAUGUUUAACAGGAAACGGUUUGGAUGCGGCCAAUCUUACUGUCCACGUGGAUCAGGCAAUUUGUUCAAUUCCCCCCAAGGAGACACGCACAUCGGACCGAUUGUAUUGUCUGACCCCGGCUAGCACGGUACCCUCAGAUGGUACGACCACAAAGAUCGUGAUGGUGACAGCUGAAAUCGCCCAAACGUCAAACAGUUCCCAGUUAGCCAACGCGUUCACCUAUUCCUCAGAUUGUACCCCAUCAAUCAGCGGGGCCUCUAUGACGGUAAUCACCGUGGCGGAUGGAAGUAAAACGCAUCAAAUUACUAUCGCAGGAACUCUUUUGACCGGGGAUUCAACCGGUAAUGUGUUGGUCACGUUGGACAGUGGAAUUCCUUGCCAGGUGACUGAACAAACAGAAACCAGUGUUGUAUGCACGACGAAUGACUUGCCAUGGGGACAGUAUUCCGUCAUUUUAACCGCUCCCGGGUUCGGUCAAGCAUUAUCAACGGCAAAACUGACUGUUCCCCUGCAACUCACUUCAAUUGGUCCAUCCGCAAGUGGCCUUUUGGGCAAUCAAAAACUGUCUCUGCAAGGGGUUGGAUUUGCCGGAGUCCAAUCUCGUGUCACCAUAUGCAAUCGAGUAUGUGCGAGUGUGAAAGGCAAAUCCAUGUUUCUCGAAUGUACCAUUCCUGGUUCGGAUUACCAAUCGGACAUAGUUUGUGAUGUGACUGUGAACGCGAUCAAUCCAAAGGGAGAUACCCAAACGACCACACUGGGGAAUGCAUUCAGCUACCUGAUUGCAUCCACACCGACUGUUAGCAGUGUUCAACCUCUGAUUGGCGGAACAGCUGGCGGCACUCUGUUGACGAUUCAAGGGACCUUAUUUGGUUCAGACCCGAAUACACUGGUUGAUAUUGGUGGUACAAUGUGUACCAUUGAAUCUCAAAGCAGCAAAAUCAUUACAUGUCGUACCGGUGCCCACGUUCCAGCCGGAAAGGUCCCCGUCAAUGUGGUGACCGGGGACAAUGGUCGUGCAGUAGCUGUGAGUUACUUAUUGAACACUGGAUCCUCGGUCCCCCUUGCAAAUGCUCCGUACCUAUUGUAA